CGCUCAGCCAACUGACUCCACUGACCCCCAACUCCGCUGCCGACUGCCGAGCCCGGACUGGCUGACUGGGUGCGCGCGGCGCGGUGGUGCAUCAGCAGCCCGCGCGGCGCCAAAACACACAAACUGCUCCCUCCCUCCAUCCUAUCCCCCCACGCUGGGUCGCCCGAUCUGCAUGCGCACGGCGGCUUCCUCUUGGCGUUUCUAGAUGGGCUCCUCCUCCGUCCUCCUCUUCCCCUCGUCCUCCUCCGCCGCACCCUCCGCCCCCCAUUCCUUUCCCCACUCUCAUGCCACCGCCAUCGCCUCCUCCCACUCCUUAUUGCCGCCGCUGCCCUGCUCCAACCCCCCGCCUCCUCUUUCCUCGCAAGACCACGUCCUCAUCCACUACAUCCACCAGCUAGACGAGCAAGAAGCCGCCACCAUGGUCCGCAAGCGCCCCGCGCCCGACAUGGACCUCCCGCCGCCGCGCCGUCACGUCACGGGCGACCUCUCCGACGUUACGGCCGCAGCCGCCGCCGGUGGUGGUCCUGGCGCGCCGUCCUCCGCUAGCGCGCAGCUACCCGCGCUGCCCACCCAGCUCCACCAGCUGCCCCCCGCGUUCCAGCACCACGCGGCGGAGGUGGACGUGCCCCCGCAACCGCACCCGCCGGCCCAUUCGCAGGCGGGCGGCGAGGCGCCCGCGUCCACGACCGCGUGGGUGGACGGCAUCAUCCGCGACAUCAUCGGGAGCAGCGGCGGCGGCGCUGUCUCCAUCACGCAGCUCAUCCACAACGUCCGCGAGAUCAUCCACCCCUGCAACCCAGGCCUCGCGUCCCUCCUCGAGCUCCGCCUCCGUUCCCUUCUCGCCGCCGACCCCGCCCCGCUGCCGCAGCAGCAGCGCGCUCUCCUGCACGGCGCUCCGGCCGCCGCCGCGGGGCUGGCGCUCCCUCUCCCGCCACCGCUUCCUGACAAGCGCCGCCACGAGCCUGCGCCGCGGUGCCAGCAGCAACAGCAGGAGGAGCCGCAUCCGGCGCCGCAGUCGCCCAAGGUCCCGACCGCCGAGGAGACCGCCGCGGCCUCGGCCGCCGCGGCCAAGGAGCGGAAGGAGGUGCAGCGGCGGAAGCAGCGCGACGAGGAGGGCCUCCACCUGCUGACGCUGCUGCUGCAGUGCGCGGAGGCCGUGAACGCGGACAACCUCGACGACGCGCACCAGACGCUGCUGGAGAUCGCGGAGCUGGCCACGCCGUUCGGCACCUCGACGCAGCGCGUGGCCGCCUACUUCGCCGAGGCCAUGUCGGCGCGCGUCGUCAGCUCCUGCCUAGGCCUGUACGCGCCGCUGCCGCCGGGCUCCCCCGCCGCGGCGCGCCUCCACGGCCGCGUGGCCGCCGCGUUCCAGGUGUUCAACGGCAUCAGCCCCUUCGUCAAGUUCUCGCACUUCACCGCCAACCAGGCCAUCCAGGAGGCGUUCGAGCGGGAGGAGCGCGUGCACAUCAUCGACCUCGACAUCAUGCAGGGCCUGCAGUGGCCGGGCCUCUUCCACAUCCUCGCCUCCCGCCCCGGCGGCCCGCCCAGGGUCAGGCUCACCGGCCUGGGGGCGUCCAUGGAGGCGCUCGAGGCGACGGGGAAGCGCCUCUCCGACUUCGCCGACACGCUCGGCCUGCCCUUCGAGUUCUGCGCCGUCGACGAGAAGGUCGGCAACGUUGACCCGCAGAAGCUGGGCGUCACGCGGCGGGAGGCCGUCGCCGUCCACUGGCUGCACCACUCGCUUUACGACGUGACCGGCUCCGACUCCAACACGCUCCGGCUCAUCCAAAGGCUGGCCCCCAAGGUGGUGACGAUGGUGGAGCAGGACCUGAGCCAGUCGGGGUCGUUCCUGGCGCGCUUCGUGGACGCCAUCCACUACUACUCGGCGCUGUUCGACUCGCUGGACGCGAGCUACGGCGAGGACAGCCCCGAGCGGCACGUGGUGGAGCAGCAGCUGCUGGCGCGGGAGAUCCGCAACGUGCUGGCCGUGGGCGGGCCGGCCCGCGCCGGCGCCGGCGGCGCCAGGUUCGGCAGCUGGCGCGAAGAGCUCGCGCGGUCUGGGUUCCGCGCCGCCUCGCUCGCCGGCGGCGCCGCCGCGCAGGCGUCGCUGCUGCUCGGCAUGUUCCCCUCCGACGGGUACACGCUGGUGGAGGAGAAGGGCGCGCUCAGGCUCGGGUGGAAGGACCUCUGCCUGCUCACCGCGUCGGCGUGGCGGCCCGUCCAGACGCCGCCGUGCCGUUGAGAGCUGAAAUCGUUGUUGGUUACCCAGCCAGUGGUAGAUCUUCUUCGUACUAUACUCCUGCUUGAGUUUCUUGUGCCACUUCUUUUGCAUCUGUAGCUAGCUAGCUGGCUGCUCGAUUUGGUCGUCAGUUCCGAGAUGGGAAAACGAAAACAUCUCUUCUCGUCACUAAUCGCUAGAUCCAUUCACAGUGAUAGUUACUGAUGUAAGCCUACUAAUUAGUUUAAUGGCAGAUCAACCUUGUUUAGCCUAAUUAGUUA